GUGUUUGUCUUUCGGCCGGAAUCAAAUCAGUCUGCACUGGGCCUUCGCUCCCGUUGAACGUGCGCCAAAUUCAACCAAGUUCUUGUUUUGGUUUUGGUUUUGGUUUUUGAAAUCGUUCGUUUAACUUAUUGGUCUAUUGGUUCAUCCAGUGAAACAUUUCCAGCAGCAUCAUCAGCUUAUUCGUUCCGGCGUCUUCUACUGUAUAUUUUUGUUUUGUGCGCGUUCGGUUCUUGUAGAAUCGUUGCCCGAAAUAUUUCGUGUUGUUUGCUGCACAUCCGCUGGCGAGAUGAUGAAGCUGGUCGGCCAAUUCGGUUCGAUCCGUGCACGAUUUUCCAUUCGUCACCUGUUCCUGUUUAGUGCCUCGGCUCUGCUGGUCAUUGUCACCUACCGGCCGUAUAGCAACAACAAUAGUCCCGUCUUGUCGGCCGCCGUUGCCGAGAAUGCUGACGUCAUCGAUUCCGAUCAUCCCACCAGCAGCAAAGAAUGCCAACCGGUCAACAAAAUCGCCUUCAUGAAAACUCACAAGUGCGCCAGUUCCACCAUUGAGAACGUUUUGUUCAGACACGCACUGCGAGAGAAUUUGAACGUGGCCAUGCCGCUGAAGGGCAACUACCUAUCGCGGACGGAGUUAUUCAAUCGAAGUUCCGUUCUGAAUACGCCAUGGGGGGGCCUGCCCGUGGACAUUUUCACGUUGCACAACCGCUGGAAUCGCGACCAAGUCAUGGCUCUCAUGGGCCCGUCGACGUUCGCUUUCAGCGUCGUCCGUGAUCCCGUUGACCAGUUCGAGUCGCUCUACAAUUACAUGGGCUUGAGGUCCACCUACAAAACGGACUUGAAAGGAUUUGUCCGGAUGUUGCGGAACAACCAGAGCGUCAUCGACCACAAACCGCGGGGCGGGAUGGGCCGUUUCGGUCGCAACCAAAUCGCCUUCGACUGGGGAGUUUCUCCGAAACUCUUUAACAAAGAUCCUGAAAUUAUCCGGGAACGGAUCGAGCAACUGGACGACCAGUUCGAAUUGGUUUUGAUCGCCGAAAGGAUGGAAGAAUCGCUCGUCUUGCUGGCCGAUCGUCUGUGCUGGCCUCUGGAGUACGUCACCCAUUUGGAUCUGAACGUCCGCAAACCUGAGCGAACCGUUCAACUGGAGGAGGACGAACGCCAAAUCCUGGGCAAUUGGCUCAAUUUCGACACCAGCAUCUACGAGUAUUUCAGCCGGCGCUUCGACGACCACGUCGCCCGUUUCAACACGGUGGCCGGCCAAUCCGAUCGCAUGGAGGAACAGGUGCGGCUCCUGCGUCAAUCCAACCUGCAACUGCAAGAGCGCUGCGUGAUCCAGCGUGUCGGCAACGAAAAGCUCCGAGGCAAAUUUCUGGAAACGCACAACGACACUUUCGGUUAUCUCAUCCAGCCGAAUAAGCCGGACUGCGACCCGUACGCCAUGAGCGAGCCGGCCUACCUCCGCCUCUUCCGCGAGAAAUUGACCCAGCGUGCCAAAAUGGCCUUGAAAAGGAACCCGUUCCUUGUCGCAACGUCCGCCAGCAGAUCCAACUGAAUCGAAUCGCACAUCAUAACACGUCCAGCGCCAAACCGAAAAGAAAAAUGGGCCCAGCUACAACAUAUCUAAAAAAUCGACGCAAUGAAUAGAAAAGAAGAAAAAUUAACGAAAAAGGGAGAAAAUAAUUUAAUACUGAUUUGUUGCAGGAGAAAAUAUGAUGCCGGGUGGCCUGGCAUUUUUUAGCUCGGCCCUGUGAUGUUUUUUUUUUUCUUUCUUCUUCUUCUUCUUCUUCUUCUUUCACUUGUGAUGUUUUCUCCGACUUGUUCUGACUGACUUUUGCAGCCUCUUUCCGAUUCUUUCCAACGUUCGAAGCUCGUGAAUCCGAUUCUUGAUUGUAAAUUAUGACCCUCGAUUGAAUAUAUAUUUAUACCGUAUAGGAGAAAGAGAAGAAGCAGAUGGAAGCGGAUCGUUUCUGGUUCAGAAAUGACCAAACCCGUGGGGUAAUAAACUCUGAACGUGAA